GGUGCCUCUGGCGCUGGGGGGGGGGGCACGCUGUGCCCCUCCGCACCCUGUGCCCAUCCGUGCUGGGGAGCAGGGGCAGGACUGAGCAGAGGGAGCGCGGCUGAGUGCACAUGGAGAAGGAAAUGAAAUAAUCCAGGCAGCAGGGAUGAGGCAGAGCCCAAGGAAACCAUGGCAAUGUCAGGUGACUGCCUCGGGAGCGAAGCUCAGGAAGAAGAAGCUGUGCAGGCCAGCGAGGCAGAGCUCCUGCAGGAGGGAGUGCAGCCGGAGGAGUUCAUUGCCAUUGCAGACUACGCCGCCACUGAUGAGAACCAGCUUAGUUUCUUGAGAGGAGAGAAAAUUCUCAUUCUGAGACAGACGACUGCAGACUGGUGGUGGGGUGAACGAGCCGGCUGCUGUGGGUACAUUCCGGCGAACCACGUGGGCCGGGCCGUGGAGGAGUACGACCCCGAGGACACGUGGCAGGAUGAGGAGUACUUCGGCAGCUAUGGGACUCUGAAGCUGCACCUGGAGAUGUUGGCUGACCAGCCUCGCACAACCAAGUACCACAGCGUCAUACUGCAGAACAAAGAGGCCCUGGAGGGCAAGGUCAUCCUGGACGUUGGCUGUGGAACUGGGAUCAUCAGCCUCUUCUGUGCCCACUAUGCACGCCCCAAGGCAGUGUAUGCGGUGGAGGCCAGUGAGAUGGCACAGCACACAGGCCAGCUGGUCCUGCAGAAUGGCUUCGCUGACACUAUCACCGUGUUCCAGGAGAAGGUGGAAGAGGUGGUACUGCCCGAGAAGGUGGACGUGCUUGUGUCUGAGUGGAUGGGGACCUGCCUGCUGUUUGAGUUCAUGAUCGAGUCCAUCCUGUUUGCCCGGGACGCCUGGCUGAAGGAGGAUGGGGUCAUGUGGCCGAGCUCGGCCGCACUGCACCUCGUGCCCUGCAGUGCUGACAAGGACUACCACAGCAAGGUGCUCUUCUGGGACAAUGCCUACGAGUUCAACCUCAGCGCGCUCAAAUCUUUAGCCAUUAAGGAGUUUUUCUCAAAGCCCAAGUACAAUCACAUUCUGAAGCCAGAAGAUUGUCUGGCUGAGCCGUGCACCAUCCUGCAGCUGGACAUGCGGACAGUGCAAAUCUGCGACCUGGAGACCAUGCGGGGUGAGCUGCGCUUUGACAUUCAGAAGGCGGGCACCCUGCACGGCUUCACUGCUUGGUUCAGCGUGCACUUCCAGAGCCUGGAGGAUGGCCAGCCACCGCAGGUGCUGAGUACCGGCCCGCUGCAUCCCACCACACAUUGGAAGCAGACACUAUUCAUGAUGGAUGACCCAAUACCCGUGCAAGCAGGAGACGUGGUCACAGGCUCAGUGGUGCUGCAGAGAAACCCCGUGUGGAGAAGGCACAUGUCAGUGGCCCUCAGCUGGGCGGUCACCUCACCACAAGACCCCACAUCUCAGAAGGUUGGAGAGAAAGUCUUCCCCAUCUGGAGAUGACAGCUGUGUGGUCCACGAUCCUCCUGCCUGCAGGGCACGCGGGGCCCUGGGUGACCCUACCGAGCCCUG